AUGGCUUCCUAUCUCCCUCGUCGGUUGACCAAACUAUAUUCCGACACCAAGCAGGACAUGGUGGCGGAGCAAGCCAAGCUUGAAAAUGUCCCCCAGUUGAACGCUCUUCAGCGCAAAUUUCGCAUCCAAAAAGAUCGUCUGGUAACUUGGGGCCUUGAAUGGAGCGACAACAGUACUACUGCGCCUGAGGGUAGCAUCGACGAAUCCAUAGCCCGAGCGGGGAUGACCGAAACAGUGACAAGCGUCUUGAAGACCAUACAAGACAUACUGGACGAAGCAGAUCACAUCAGUCGCUCUGCAGAACAUGAGGGCAGUGACAAAAGAGUAGAAAGGAGUCCGGGUAAAUCAUCUGGUAGUCGCUUUUGGACCCCAGCUGAUAGAACACGUUAUGUGGAACUGGCCGAACAGCUUGCUACUUCUAUCGACACUCUCCAUGGCAUCUCACGAUCCAGACGGGCUAUAGAUCGGGGAAAUUACCAACUUGAGACAGAAGAAAAACUAAUCGAUCUUGAUUCCUCUCCCCCAAUAACAACUCAAAAAUCUUUCGACGACGUCGAUGCAUACAACGAUUCGAUGCUCACACUUAUCAGCCCGCCGAACCAAAGAGUGGUUGCAGGCUCAGAGGCGCCAGAGAAACUGGACCCAACCCGUCUGGUAUUACCAGAAGAGGAACUUCCGCCAUAUGAGAUUGUUGGAGCCCCGUCAUGCACACGCUUAGUCGGUCAUUUAAAGCAGUUGGAUUCAUCUUCCAACCAAGACCUGUUGAGCGACAGUUCCCCAACACCAGUACUCGUUGAAUAUGUGGGAUAUGAUCCCACGUUUCGCCUUGCAGGGGUUUCACCUCCCCAGGAGCGUCUAGAGCAACUUCUAGAAGUUCUCUCUUUGGGAGUCGGUCGGUUCGGAGAUGGCCCAGAUGCCCCGGGAUUUGGCACGUUGAAGUGCUUGGGAUACUUCGAGGAUCCAAAGCAACCUCGGUAUGGCUUCGUCUUCGAGUUACCCAGCUUCGUAAGCUCUGGAAUGAUGAGAUCACUGAGGGCGCCUGAAAUCCAAGCACUGCGUCCUGUCACUCUCUUGAGUAUCCUACAGGUUGGCUCAAAGUCGCAUGGCGCGCAAAAUACUCCAGGUGUAACUUACACACCACCGCUGGAACAACGAUUUCGGAUAGCACUCAACUUGGUCCUGUCAUUUAGUAAACUUCACUCCAGCGGGUUUGAACACAAAGAUGUCAACAGCAGCAAUAUUCUGUUCUUUUACAAGAAUGGAAGGGUCCAUCACCUCAACCACCGGAAGCCAGAGUACGAGCUUCGAUCGCCAUAUCUUUGCUCCUUUGACGUCUUCUCUGACUACAAUGUGGAAACGAGUACCGUCGAGAACGCACACAUGAACAUCUACAGACAUCCGCACGAUCCUCGAACCGGGUACUCAGAGCACAGAGACUACACACCCUAUUUCGACAUGUACAGUCUCGGCCUAAUUCUUCUUGAAGUCGGCAUGUGGCUUCCGCUUGCGGACCUGUUCAAGUCCAAAUAUACCCUGGCGGAUUUCAAAAUUCGUCUAGAGGACAUUUGGAUCCGAAAACUCUCUGGAAAAUGUGGUACAGCAUACAUGCAAGCAGUAAGAGAUUGCAUCUCUGCUGCAGAUAAGUGCCUUUCACUGGCUGAGAUCAAAACAACCUACGACCGCAUCCUUCGGCGGUUACAUAGGUGCUGCCUCUUGGAUGAGACAGACCCUUAUGAACCCAACAGCAGAUCAUAUUACUCGCCUCCAGACUUUGCAAGGGUUCCUAAACACCAGGAACGGAUGUCUGGGCAGUUUACAAAUCCAUCCAUGCCGCUCCUGAAAGGUUCAUAUCCUUACGAGAUUUGGCCCGAACACCAUCAGGAUUCACGCAGAGAGCCUGGUCUCCCUCAUUACCAUGGCGUAGAGGUAAGGAGCACAUCAGAGAGCUGGCUCAUGGACCCUAUCAAUGCCCACUACGGGGGCUAUAAGGAUACAUGGAACCCGGAUGAUAUCUCCAAAACGAACGAAGGACAACACGGCUUGACCAAAGGGACUUCACCAUCUAUCUACAAGGAAAAUCUGGCCACUGCUGCCAGCACCAUCCAACGGGCUUGGCGCACGCAUCGAAUCAAAGUUUCCUUCCGUGAAUACAGACGAAAGGUAAUUAUUGUUCAGAAGCAUUGGCGGCAGCGGAAAGAGCAACGAGCUUUGGCACAGUUAGGGACACCACGACCAAGCCUGCAACGCUUGGGCGAGGAUUCUUAUCCCACGCCAGAAUCGAACGUUGCCACAAAUGACACGCACAUCAAUGCCUUCGUUAGAAUGAAGCAGCACUGCCAAAGACCCAAGCGUAAGCUCCUUGUCCAGCCCCUUUGGCAACCCACACCAGAAAUUGCCAUGGAAUGGGACCGCACAUUGCUACCUCGCCUUAUGCGGAUCUGUGAGCGUGCUCUCAAGGAUUCGACUGAGAGUUCGAGUAUCGACCUUUUCGGUGUCGGAUCGUCUCCAUCAGAGGCGAAAGCAACAAUCGUCGUCACCUGCACAAACACCACCAAAGUCAAAUGCGUUCUCGCUCGAAAAUUCAGCUACGAUCGCGCUGUCUACGACCUCAAGGUUCACAAAGGCAAGGUCAAGCGGUCCAAAUUGACUAGGCCGAGCAGAAGGCGGAGACCACCUCACAGAUCCAUGAUGGAAUACACGGAGGAUGAAAGCAACGUCCCAGCCUUCAACAAGCAUUUUCAACAAAGGCCAGUAUGCGGAGCAAGUAUCGGAGCUUAUAACGGGGAACAUUUACCGCCGGUAUCCUAUGGCGGUGUCAUCUUGGUCGACGGAGAGCCCUUUGGUAUGAGCGUUCAUCAUAUGCUGGACGCCCCAAGCGAGGACGAAAGCGAUUACGAAGACGACAUCUCAGACAUUGGAUCCGAGGAAGUAGUCCGCUCAAGCUCUCAUGUCAGCAGCUAUCCGUGGACAUCUGAGAUAGGGACACAGCUAUCACCCCAGGAUAGUGUUCCUAUGGCCUUCGAGAUCUCUGAUGAUGAAGAUUUCGAAGACGAAGCCAGCGACUUUCAAGAUGAUUCCACUUCGGAGUCCUCAGACAACGAAAGCGAAACGACAGCAUCGGAAGCUGGCGACGUCCCAGGCAUUGACGUUGGCGACGGUGACGAGAUUACAAUCACGCAGCCCGCCAUUGACGACGUUGACGAUGACUUCUUCCCUUGCGAGGAAGAUCGUGAAGAAGACCAUCUUGAUUCGCAUGAGCUGGGCCAUGUGUAUGCCUCUUCAGGAAUCCGAAGAUGGAACAGAGAAGGCGUGCUGCAUGAGAUCGACUGGAGUUUGCUGAAGUUGAAUGACGAGAGACUACAACCGUACAAUUUGGUACAAGGGGGAAAGCGUUACUUCAAGGAUGGGGCCCUGUGUCCGAAACUAGUGGACCCAGUGAACAGGUUGUACUACGGUCCAGAAGACGAUGAAUAUCCCAGUCGAGUUGCAAAAGCUGAAGACCUCGCCAGUCUGCGAGUGCACUGCUUUGGACGGACUAGCGGCCUCAAAGGUGGUGUCAUCAGCAACACGAUGACGGCCGUUAAGGUACAUGGCCGUAAGUCCUACGCACGAAGCUGGCUUGUAACUGGCGGCCUAGGCGUGGGCGGCGACUCAGGCGCCUGGGUCAUCGAUAACGAGCAAGGCCGCGUCUGCGGCCACAUUCUGGCCUGGUGCAACCGCAACCAUGUGGCAUACAUCUGCCCGAUGGAGGUCCUGCUCGAAGACAUAAGGCGUACUCUGGGCGCUUGCAAAGUCGUGCUGCCGGGCUCAGAGGAAGCAGAAGAGGAAGAGACGGAUACGGAGGAAAAUGGGAAGGAGAGUUUUGACCUGUCUGAGAUUAAGUCGUUGAGUAUCGAUGAGGUGCAGGUGGCCCGCGAUGUUAGGACGGCACUGAAGAGCAUGGAUGGCCCAGCGAGGAUCGAUCUGUACGGACGAAGGAAUCGGCAGAUGGCCUGA